CUCAGGUGGGGCCGAGGGGCCCGCCCUGCCCGCUCCGGCCGAGUCUGGCCGAGUUUCCUCAGCUUCUCGCCGGCGGCCGCUGCGGUAGCGCUUCAAGUUUUGACGUUUUGGCCGCCGGGUCGCGCGAUUUGCACUUCCCGGCCGACGGCUGGGGAGGCAGCCGACGCUUGAGGGCCCCUCAGCCGCGCCCCGGCGCUCCACAGCCGCCCAGAGUCGGGCGGCCACGAGGCCCGGCCGCGUCCUCCCGCGUUCGCCCGCCCGGCGGCUGGAGCCAUGUCGCGGGGGCCGGAGGAGGUGAACCGGCUCACCGAGAGCACCUACCGGAAUGUAAUGGAACAGUUCAAUCCCGGGCUACGAAAUUUAAUAAACCUAGGGAAGAAUUAUGAAAAAGCUGUUAAUGCUAUGAUCCUGGCAGGAAGAGCCUACUACGAUGGAGUGGCCAAGAUUGGGGAGAUUGCCACCGGGUCCCCCGUGUCAACAGAGCUGGGCCAUGUUCUCAUAGAGAUUUCGAGUAUCCACAAGAAACUCAACGAGAGUCUUGAUGAAAAUUUCAAAAAAUUCCAUAAGGAGAUUAUCUAUGAGCUGGAGAAGAAGACAGAGCUUGAUGUGAAAUAUAUGAAUGCGACUCUCAAAAGAUACCAAGCAGAACACAGGCAUAGAUUAGAUUCUCUGGAGAAAUCACAAGCUGAAUUGAAGAAGAUAAGAAGGAAAAGUCAAGGAGGACGAAAUCCAUUCAAAUAUGAAUGCAAAGAGAUUGAGUAUGUAGAAACCAUUACUUCUCGCCAGAAUGAAAUCCAGAAAUUUAUUGCAGAUGGUUGCAAAGAAGCCCUGCUUGAAGAGAAAAGGCGCUUCUGCUUUCUAGUCGACAAGCACUGCAGCUUUUCGAGUCAGAUACACCAUUACCACAUGCAGUCUGCAGAACUGAUCAAUUCCAAACUGCCUCGGUGGCAAGAAACCUGUGGUGAUGUCACCAAAGUGCCAGAGAAAAUCAUGAACAUGAUUGAAGAAAUUAAGACCCCCAUCUCCACCCCAAUGUCCGGAACGCCCCUGCCUUCACCCAUGAUCGAGAGAAGCAGCAUGGUUGGGCAAGAUUGUGACAGCCUUUCUAAAUACCCACCAAAGAUCCCCGCGGCUCCUUCAGCCAGAGCCUCGACCAGCCCUUUGAUCGAUCUGUUUAAGAACCCAGCCACAGUUGCACAAAACUUAGAAAGAAAAAAUAAUUUAACAGGUUCUUCCGUUGACCCCAAUUUGCCGCGAUCGGUUUCCAUGGCCUCCGGACUGAACAUGGUGAAAAAGCAGAAAGUGAAAACCAUCUUUCCGCACACGGCCGGCACUAACCAGACCUUGCUCAGCUUCGCACAGGGAGACGUCAUCACGCUGCUCAUCUCCGAGGAGAAGGAUGGCUGGAUGUACGGGGAGCACAACAGCACCAAAAUGAGGGGCUGGUUCCCAUCGUCCUACACGAAGCUGCUGGAGGAGAACGAGGAGGAGGCCACGAGCGAGCUGGCGCCAAGUUUGGCGCCUGUCCGCAGCGUGAGCACCACGAACUUGGCGGAGAAGAGCAGCGUCAUGAUCCCCCCGCCGGACUACCUGGAGUAUCUGUCCACAGGAGCAGCCACCGCUGAGAGAGAAGACAUCUCCCAGAAGGCUUCUAACCAUAAAGCCCCGGUGCCCAAACCAGAAAGCACACCUCCUAAUAAUGCAAAUGGGUUUGCAAAGCCUCCUUUCCUCAGUGGAGAGAACCCCUUUGCUACUGUGAAACUCCGCCCGACAGUGACGAAUGACCGCUCAGCGCCAAUCAUCCGAUGAGAAGGCGGCCCCAGCAUCCUCCUGGUUCCCCGUUGGGCCCUCGCUGGGGAACGAUAGGUUUGUGUGUGACAAGCGCCGUCCAGUUGUAAAACUUCACCAGAGGGCGUCUGAUUUUACGUGUCUUCUACUUGAGCAAAUCAGCACAUUUUCUAAGUUAACAUAGUUGGGUUUACACAUUUCUUUAAGAUAAAUCAUAGUUUAGUUACAACUCAAUCAUUUAAAAGUUUUUUCCUAUUCUGUUCAAAAAUAGUAAAUUUCGUUCCAAUCCUUACUGUA